AGUGCAUGUCACUUUAACCAUUCGAUACAUGGUUAAGUAUGACCGUAAUAAAAAAAUACUUUAUCAUAAACUACCAACACAGUAUUAAGUGGUUUGGCUCGAAAGAAAACUUGUAAGAUUUCGGGUACUAGGAACAAAAGUUUCAAGAACAAUAGUUCCGCCUCACGUCAUGACCGGAAAUAUUUUGUUGAGGGACCCAGGAAAUGUGUCCACCAAAGUGUGGAGGUGGCUGAAACUUUUACUUGGCAUUACUACAUUUUAAAAACACCUUUACCUUGCUUUGUAAGGGCGUAGUUAUGGGGACACGACGCUACGUUUUCCGUGUCUUCUGUCAGCAGGCGAGCGUAGUGAAGAUAGUGAGCAGGAACAUAACUGCUGCUGCAAACCCUCAGACCAAUUUGGAUGUCCUAGAAGGGCAACCACACAAACGACAUCCAGGUGUCAGCCACCUCAAAACCCUGCGCCUGCCCGAGGAGGUCCUGACAGCCGCACGCUCAAUCAUUGACAGGGCUCAGGUGACUCAACUUCCCGACCGCACUCUCAAGCUGACAAACUUCCUGUGGAGCCGGAAGCGAGCUGUGGAGGACUCCACCCUGAGACAGAAAGCGCUCGGUCUUGAGAAUAAGCUGUGGAAAAAAGCAGCGGAGAAAGCAGGAAAUGUGGACAAGCACGUACUGGGGGAACGCAUCCAGAGGGAGGUUUUUUCUGAGCUCAGACGAACAGUUUAUCACUGGACUCCUUUGAAGUAUAAUGAGGAGCUAGGCGUGGUUUAUAUGGCGUCCCGCAUGGCUGGAGGAUACGCUGCUGUCAGGAGGGCUCUUAAUGAGAUUAAGAAGCGGGAUCCUACUUUUGCCCCUCAGUCUCUCCUGGAUUUUGGGUCUGGCUUGGGAACUGUGGCCUGGGCGUCCCACUCUUACUGGGCUGACACUUUGAAGGAGAUUGUGUGUGUAGACAGCUCAGGACCCAUGAACAUUUUGGCAGAGCGACUUCUUAAAGGUGAUGAUGAACACGCUCCCUCUCACAUUAAGCACGUCUACUUUAGGCAGUUCCUCCCCGUUUCCCCCAAGGUGCAGUUUGACCUGGUGACGUCCGCCUACACCUUGUCGGAGAUUCCCAACAUUAAGGAGCGAGAAGAGGCGGUGUUCACUCUGUGGAGAAAGACCUCCUCCUAUCUGUUGUUGGUGGAAAACGGUACCAAAGAAGGGCAUCAGAUCCUCAUGGAGGCCAGAGAUGCUUUAUUACAGAAGAAAGAAAAGACCCUCUACGACACCAGACCAGCAUCAGUGUUUGCACCGUGUUCCCAUGAAAAGACAUGUCCCAAACUAGCGCUCAUGCCUGCAGUACCCUGCAACUUCCACCAGAUGUACAUGCCGCUCUACGGGCACAACAGUCAGAUUGAGAAGUUCAGCUACCUGAUUCUGUCACGGGAGCCCCCUCCUGAGGCGAAGAGCAACGGGGCGGUGGAGUGGUCCAGGCUAAUUGCGUCCCCGCAGGCCAGGACAAGACAUGUGCAUUGCCGCCUGUGCUGCCCCGACGGUCAGCUGAAGCACGUAGUAGUGACCGCACAAAAACACAGCAGGUACGUGUACCGCUGCGCCCGCAACAGUGAGUGGGGCGACCAGCUUCCUCUUAUCCCGGAUGUAGAUGACAAUGACAUGAUCCAAAAUGACAGCGAGUGAUGACGCAGGACGCCUCACCACUAUUCACGUAGGAACCAAUAAAUGUCCAUUUUUCUAACUAG